GAGUUCAUAACAUUUCCUUCUCAACACUCCAUCCCUUUUCUUGGGAUACAGAAUUCUCAUUCAAUGCCCCUCCUCCCUUUAUAUAUUUAACACUUUCUUCUCCCUCUGUAGCAUAUUGAACUCCCUCCCCUUCUUUUGCUCCAACCUGCAGCCAUGGCUGGUGAGAAGGGAGUCAUCAACCUUGAGGAUAUCAAGAAUGAGACUGUUGAUCUGGAACGUAUUCCAAUUGAGGAAGUGUUUGAGCAGCUGAAAUGUACCAAGGAAGGUUUGUCCUCAGAGGAAGGAGCCCAAAGGAUAGAAAUAUUUGGUCCAAACAAGCUAGAAGAGAAGAAGGAAAGCAAGUUUCUCAAGUUUCUUGGGUUCAUGUGGAAUCCCCUGUCAUGGGUCAUGGAAGCUGCUGCUAUAAUGGCAAUUGCUCUUGCAAAUGGUGAUGGAAAGCCUCCAGAUUGGCAGGAUUUUGUUGGCAUUGUUUGCUUGCUUGUAAUCAACUCCACCAUCAGUUUCAUCGAAGAAAACAAUGCUGGAAAUGCUGCUGCUGCUCUCAUGGCUGGUCUUGCUCCUAAAACAAAGGUUCUUAGAGAUGGUAAAUGGAGUGAGCAAGAAGCUGCAAUUCUAGUCCCAGGAGACAUUGUAAGCAUCAAGCUAGGAGACAUUAUUCCUGCUGAUGCUCGUCUUCUUGAGGGUGAUCCCUUAAUGGUUGACCAAGCAGCUCUCACUGGAGAAUCACUUCCUGUGACUAGGCAUCCAGGACAAGAAGUCUUCUCUGGCUCAACUUGCAAACAAGGUGAAAUUGAAGCCGUUGUUAUUGCGACCGGUGUGCACACGUUCUUCGGGAAGGCGGCUCACCUGGUGGACAGUACCAACCAAGUUGGACAUUUCCAGAAGGUUCUCACAGCUAUUGGGAACUUUUGCAUUGUCUCCAUUGCAGUUGGCAUGAUUGCUGAGAUUAUAGUCAUGUACCCAAUUCAGCACCGGAAGUACAGGAACGGAAUUGACAACUUGUUGGUCCUAUUGAUUGGAGGAAUUCCCAUUGCCAUGCCUACUGUGUUGUCUGUGACAAUGGCCAUUGGUUCUCACAAGCUAGCUCAGCAAGGUGCCAUCACCAAGAGAAUGACUGCCAUAGAAGAAAUGGCUGGCAUGGAUGUCCUUUGCAGUGACAAGACAGGAACACUCACCCUUAACAAACUCACUGUUGACAAGAACUUGGUUGAGGUCUUUGCGAAAGGAGUGGACAAGGACCAUGUGAUCCUUCUUGCUGCAAGGGCUGCUAGGACUGAAAACCAGGAUGCCAUAGAUGCUGCCAUUGUUGGAAUGCUUGCUGACCCUAAAGAGGCAAGGGCUGGGAUAAGAGAGGUGCAUUUCCUUCCAUUCAAUCCUGUUGGCAAAAGAACUGCUUUGACUUACAUUGAUGCUGAUGGAAAUUGGCACCGGGCAAGCAAAGGUGCUCCUGAGCAGAUCAUGGACCUUUGUAACCUCAAGGAAGAUGCAAAGAAGAAGGUCCAUGCUAUCAUUGAAAAGUUCGCAGAAAGAGGGCUGCGCUCACUUGGUGUUGCUAGACAGGAAGUUCCUGAGAAAACAAAGGAAAGUGCUGGUGGUCCAUGGCAGUUUGUUGGAGUGUUGUCACUGUUUGAUCCCCCUAGGCAUGACAGUGCUGAAACCAUUCGCCGAGCUCUGCACCUCGGUGUAAAUGUUAAGAUGAUUACAGGUGAUCAACUUGCCAUAGCAAAGGAAACCGGUCGGAGACUCGGAAUGGGAACGAAUAUGUACCCAUCUGCUACUUUGCUUGGUCAAGACAAAGAUGCAAAUAUUGCUGCAUUACCUGUAGAUGAGUUGAUUGAGAAGGCUGAUGGAUUUGCUGGAGUUUUUCCAGAGCACAAAUAUGAAAUUGUGAAGAAGUUGCAAGAGAGGAAGCACAUUUGUGGAAUGACUGGAGAUGGUGUCAAUGAUGCUCCUGCAUUGAAGAGGGCUGAUAUUGGAAUUGCUGUUGCUGAUGCCACUGAUGCUGCAAGAGGAGCAUCUGAUAUUGUCUUGACCGAACCCGGGUUAAGUGUUAUUAUUAGUGCAGUGUUGACCAGCAGAGCUAUUUUCCAAAGAAUGAAGAACUACACGAUCUAUGCAGUAUCAAUCACUAUCCGUAUAGUGUUUGGCUUCAUGUUUAUUGCGCUGAUCUGGAAAUUCGACUUCUCUCCUUUCAUGGUUUUGAUUAUUGCCAUUCUAAAUGAUGGAACAAUCAUGACAAUUUCCAAGGACAGGGUUAAGCCAUCUCCCAUGCCUGAUAGCUGGAAACUAAAAGAAAUAUUUGCUACUGGGAUCGUACUCGGAGGUUACUUGGCACUGAUGACUGUCAUAUUCUUCUGGCUAAUGAAGGAAACUACAUUCUUCUCUGUAAGAAAUAUUUACCUUGCAUUGCAAAUAUUCUUCAUAGGCCUUACUGUCCUCAUAUUCUUUAUGUCCUUGUGUUUGUGUGUCUCAAAUGUUUUACACACUUGCCUUUUUUUAUCACUGCAGGACAAAUUUGGAGUUAGACCCCUGCAUGAAAGCCCAGAUGAAAUGAUAGCUGCUUUGUAUCUACAAGUUAGCAUAGUUAGCCAGGCUUUGAUAUUUGUUACCCGUUCGCGUAGCUGGUCCUAUGUCGAACGCCCUGGAAUGCUGUUAAUGGGAGCUUUCCUUAUUGCUCAACUGAUUGCUACAUUUAUAGCAGUAUAUGCCAACUGGGGCUUUGCAAGGAUCAAGGGAGUGGGUUGGGGCUGGGCAGGAGUCAUAUGGAUCUAUAGUGUUGUCUUCUAUGUUCCACUUGACAUACUAAAAUUCGCCAUCCGCUACAUCUUGAGUGGCAAAGCUUGGCUUAACAUGCUAGAAAACAAGACUGCCUUCACCACCAAGAAAGACUAUGGUAAAGAGGAGAGGGAAGCUCAAUGGGCUCAUGCUCAGAGGACCCUGCAUGGACUUCAACCACCAGAAACUACUGGCAUUUUCAAUGAAAAGAGUAGUUACAGAGAACUAUCUGAGAUUGCUGAGCAAGCCAAGAGAAGAGCUGAAGUUGCAAGGCUUCGCGAACUUCACACUCUUAAAGGACAUGUUGAGUCAGUGGUGAAGCUAAAAGGCUUGGACAUUGAUACCAUCCAGCAGCACUACACUGUGUGAUAAGCCACACAGCAUGAGUAUUGUAGAUAGCAAAGAGGCCACAAUGGCAUGCCUGAAAGAAAAGAUAAGACAAAGGCCUAACUACGUAAAAUGCUUAUUAGGUAGGGAGAGGGAAAUAUCCUGUGAUAUAUCUCUCCCAGAAAGUUUAUCAUUUUCAUGUAUUUCCAGUUCCCACGAGAGGGGUGUCUUGGACUUCUUUUUGCCUUGAUGCCAGGGAAUAACUAGUGUUAGUUUCAAUCCUUGCUUUUUCUUAUGCUUUUGGAUCCUUCAUCAUCCUGGUUUUUUCAGGUUUAUUGUAUUUGUAUGUCACUUUGAAGUGGCACUGUUUGAACAAUGAACUAAAAUGUUGGAAGUUUAGUGGGAGAAUAAGAGUUUAUGGAAGGCUUUUUUAAGAACUUCUUAUUAAACAUUA